AUGUUCUGUGGAGGCUGGAUCCUACUCUUCCUGGCCACAGGGGCAGGCACUGAAAAGCCGGACUGGUCAGACUGCCCUCACGAUGGUCCUGUUUGGAGAUACCGCGCUAUGGCCGAGGAGAAAUUUUACCUGUUCUGUGCUGAACCACCCAAGGGUCAAAGUCCUCUCUUACACAGGGAUGUCCUGGCCCUGAGACAGGGCAUGUGCCAUGAAAAAGAAUGCAACUACUCUACAGUGCGAUGGUUCCAACAACUCCAGAAUAGUAAAGAUCUCCAAGACAUUAGCACCAUGAGGAGCCCUGACAUCAAACAGGAGAAAAAUGCACUUUGCUUCCUAUCCGUAAAGAGCGAAAAUGCUGGACUGUACUUCUGUACAAUCAGGUCUCCUGCAGGACGAUCCAGUUGCCUCAAGAUGAUCUUAGAUGUUCAGCCAAAGUCGAAGACACGCUGUUUGGGCUCUGGACCAAACCUGGUAGACUUCCUCAUUGGGAGCCAAAAUUCAAUUUCUUGCCCUGGUUUCCAUUGCCAGCAUGAUUCACCAAAGUCAGCUGUGAAGUGGUACAGGAUUGAAAAGCCUUUUUCUCUGCCCAUUGAGAACAAUAGAGUCCAUCUGAAAGAAACUUAUAAAGAUCACCGUGGAACCUAUGUAUGUGAUUACAUCCAGUCUGAUAACAGCAGUUGGUGGACGGUGAGGUCUGUUGUUCAAGUGAGGACUGUUGUGGCAUUUACUAAAAUGACACCAGAAAUUUUGGAGCCCAUAGAGAAGACCCUGGAAGUAGAGCUAGGAAAGCCUUUUGCCAUCAACUGCACUGUUCGUUUCGGAUUUCAAAACUCUUCUCUCCCACCCCAGCUGGUAGAAUGGUAUACAGAUGACAAGGAGCAGCUUCUGCAAAAAGAAACUUGUAAACUUACAACCACAGAGGAGCUCAAAAUUUGCAAAGAAGUCAGACUGAUAAAAGUAACUCCAAAAGAUCUUCACAGAACGUUCCAUUGUUUUGCUCAGAAUGCUAACGGAAAAGUUGUCCAAGUCAUCCGACUGAAAAGAAAACUGCCCAGAAAAAAAGGAGGGACUUUGACCUACGUGUUAUGUGGCACCAUCACCAUGCUCCUUGCAGUCCUGGUGGCAAGUGCUCUCAUCUGCCUGUACUGGAUCGAAAUCGUCCUGCUAUACCGGCGCUGUUGGGCCAAGGAUGAAACACUGUGGGAUAGGAAAGAGUAUGAUGCCUUCGUGUCAUAUGCUAAGUCGGAUUCUUCUGAAAGCCCAGACUCUCUGCCUCUCAGUGAAGAAAGCUUUGCACUAGACUUUCUCCCCAGUGUGCUGGAAAAGAUGUAUGGCUACAAACUGUGUUUGUUUGAAAGAGAUAUGCUUCCUGGAGGAGCCUACACUGAUGACAUUGUGACUGUAAUUAAACGGAGCAGGAGAGGAAUCUUCAUCCUGAGCCCCAACUACAUCAGUGGACCCAGCAUCUUUGAGCUGCAAGCAGCAGUAAAUUGUGCUCUAGGAGAUCAAACACUAAAGCUGAUUUUAAUUAAAUUUCAUCCCUUCAAAGAACCAGCUCACUUACCUCACCUGGUGAAGAAAGCCCUCAGUGUUUUACCCAUGAUCCCCUGGAAAGGUUUGAAAUCUGCUUCUGCCAACUCCAGGUUUUGGAGCUCAGUGCGCUACCAUAUGCCAGUGAAAACCUCGAGGGGAUUAAGGAGCACAGAGCUGGAGAUUUUUCCAAGAAACGAUUCACAUGAGGAGAAACCCCUGAAAGAAACUCAUGGAACCAAUAAGGGAGACGAGAAAGGAACUCAAAUAUCAUAA